AGCGCGAUGAAAUUCGCUUGCCUUUCCUUUCGACAGCCCUACGCGGGGUUGGUUCUAAACCGAGUCAAAACAGUAGAGACUCGUUGGCGUCCUUUGCUAGUAGGUUACAAGAACUGCACCAUUGCUAUUCAUAUAGCUGUUAAGGACUGGGAAGAUGAAACGUGGAGAGAAAUUCUUCUGAAUAGGUUCGGCAUGACACCAAAACAACUGCAAGAUUUGUUGGAUGACGGGGAAAAAUUUGGCAGAGGAGUUAUUGCAGGAUUAAUUGACGUUGGAGAGACAUCACUAUAUCCAGAAAACCUGCCUCCUGAAGAGAUUCUGGAGCUGGAGAAGAAAGCUGUCCUCAGUAAUCUAGAACAGAAAUACUUGACUGUUGUUUCAAAUCCCAGGUGGCUUCUGGAACCAGUUCCUGCCAGAGGGAGAAGAGGGGUGUGGUACGUGGACAUCCCUGAAGAACUGAUCCCUUCAGAAGUUUAG